UCCCUCUUUGACCGAACCAAAUUUUUCGAAAAACGCCAUCUCUAAGCUUUUUCCCCCUUUUUAAAAACCUAAUAAUUUCCAACAAUCCAAAUCCCACACUCUUUUUCUCUCUGUUUCUUCAUUUUCUUUUUCCUUUGUUUCUUUGUUUUUGGACCCCUUUUUCUUCUGGGGUUCUUCUAUUGAGUUAAUAGCAGCUGGAGGAGAGAGAAAUUUGAGUUUCUCUCUCUUCUGCUGAAAUCCCUUUUGUUUUUUCCAUUUUUGUUUUCUGCCCAUUGCUGAAAAAUCUGUCUUCUAUUUGGGAUUUGUUCUUUUUUUGUGUGUGUGUGUGUGUGUGUGUUUCUGGGAGCGAAUUAGGGUUUCAUCUCUCUGUUGGGGGUUGAAAGGACGCGGCCCAAUCUAUAGUCGCCAUGAAUAUGAUGCGUCGCCUUAAGAGCAUUGCUUCUGGUCGGACUUCGAUUUCUUCUGAACCUGGUGGAGAUUUUGGCAUAAAGCGAGCAAAAGUUGAUCAAGAAACUGAACAAAAGGUUGAUGGGGUUUCCGAUGACAUCGGAAGAGUUGCCUCUGGUUUAGAGCCGGAUUUGGCUUCAACCUCUUUGGAUGAUGCUGCGAGCACAUCAAACAUUUCAUCAACAGCUGGAACAGAAAAAACUGGUUUUGAUCACCUUCCAAGAGAAAUGCGUGAAAUGAGAAUUAGGGAUGAGAAAUUCAACCAUGACGAAAAGGAUUUGGAACCUGCUGUUGUGAAUGGCAAUGGAACAGAAGCCGGUCAGAUGAUUGCAACUACAGUUGGUGGUCGAAAUGGAAAACCGAAACAGACAAUCUCCUAUAUGGCAGAGCGUGUGGUCGGUACUGGUUCUUUUGGCGUUGUCUUUCAGGCUAAGUGUUUGGAAACAAAUGAAGCUGUAGCAAUAAAAAAGGUGCUGCAGGAUAAGCGAUAUAAGAACAGGGAACUCCAGAUUAUGCGCAUUCUUGACCAUCCUAACAUUGUUCAACUAAAACAUUGUUUCUUUUCCACUACUGAUAAAGAUGAGCUGUACCUCAACCUCGUCCUGGAAUAUAUAUCCGAAACUGUCUACAAAGUUUCUAAGCAUUAUAUCAGGAUGAACCGGAGUAUGCCCAUUAUAUAUGUGCAGCUCUAUACAUAUCAGGUUAAUCCUCACACUCAUCAACUAAAGAUAUGCGAUUUUGGGAGUGCAAAGAUGUUGAUGCCAGGGGAACCUAAUAUAUCUUAUAUUUGUUCACGGUAUUAUAGGGCCCCAGAACUCAUAUUCGGGGCAACAGAGUAUACCAAUGCCAUAGAUAUGUGGUCCGUAGGUUGUGUAAUGGCUGAGCUUCUUUUAGGACAGCCUCUUUUUCCUGGUGAAAGUGGUGUUGAUCAAUUGGUAGAGAUCAUCAAGAUAUUGGGAACGCCAACCAGGGAGGAAAUCAAGUGCAUGAACCCAAACUAUACAGAAUUCAAAUUUCCUCAAAUUAAAGCACACCCGUGGCAUAAGAUAUUUCACAUGAGAAUGCCUGCUGAAGCCAUCGAUCUUGUGUCAAGAUUUCUCCAGUAUUCGCCCAACUUACGUUGCACCGCGUUGGAGGCUUGUGCACAUCCCUUUUUUGACGAUUUGAGAGAUCCGAAUGCAUGUUUACCUAACGGUCAAGCACUACCGCCAUUGUUCAAUUUCACAGCACAAGAACUUGCUGAUGCAUCAACUGAAUUGCGCCAUCGCCUCAUACCUGAACAUGCACAAAAUUAAAAUAACGUGAAUAUGGCGUCUGAAUAUUGUUGUUCUUUAGCCAAACCAACCCCGGAAGAUCAUCCAUCCACAGUAGAUCCAUCAUCACUGUCAUUAACAACCUGCUCGUAACACGGAGAAUCAAAGGGCAUGAACACACACCUCGUGAAGGAAGCACAGAAGCAGGUGUGCUGGCUAACGAGGCUUGUCUAAGUAUUAACUUUAACACUCAGCUUCAUGGCAGGUGUUUUUUUUUUUUUUUUUUUUGACAAUGUAUGAGAAUCUCAAUUUGUUGGAUGAAUAUAGGCUUCUUGGAUGUAUGUAUACUAUUCAAUACGAGUUUUGGUUUAGCACAAAGAAUCAGAUCGCUAAGCUAACCCCCAUUCAAUCUCUUUUUGUCGGCUUAGUUUAUUCUGAUAUGUGCUUUGGCAGCAUGAGAAUGAAAAUGAACGGCGGAGGGUUCUUUUUUAGUGUA